GGUUUUGCCGAAGCAUAUAUGAUUGGCGAUGUGACUUGUGAUGAUCUAUCAACACUAAUCAAAAUUUUUGUGGCAAAUCGUCCUCACCUUGAUGACUUAUCAAGUGUUUCCUCUUAUAUAUUUAACACAAUUAAUUAUAUAAUGAAUUCACGGUUUGCAAACACAAUUUCAAAUGCAAUAAAUAACAUCUCUGCUCAUUAUGAUAUUUCAAACGAGAUGUUUGCUAGUUUUCUUAGUAGCGAUAUGACUUAUUCGAGUGCUGUUUUUGAAAAUGAGAAUGAAACUUUGGAAGAUGCUCAAUAUCAUAAGUUAAGAAUGAUAAUUAAGAAGGCAAAGAUUUGCAAAGAUGAUCAUUUGCUGGAAAUUGGAAGUGGAUGGGGUUCUCUGGCCAUUGAAGCUGUAAAAUUAACUGGCUGUCGAGUAACAACUCUCACUCUUUCAAUUGAGCAAAAAAACUUGGCUGAAAAACGUAUUGCAGAAGCUGGCUUAUCUUUGAGCAUUGAUGUACUACUUUGUGAUUAUCGUAAUUUGUCAGCAUCACAUCAAUAUGAUAAAAUUAUAAGUAUAGAGAUGAUUGAAGCUGUUGGGCCUGAAUAUUUAACAACAUAUUUUGAGUGUUGUGAUAAAUUCUUAAAAGAAAAGGGCGGUAUUGGUGUAUUUCAAGUUAUUACAAUGCCAGAGACUAGGUACGAUAGGUAUUGUAAAGAAGUUGACUUUAUUAGAAAGUAUAUUUUUCCAGGCGGUCACUGUCCUACCGUGACAACUUUAGUUCAAGCGAUUCACAAGGGUUCUCAUGGUCAUCUUAUAGUUGAUAAUAUAGAAAACAUUGGUCCUCAUUAUGCACGUACUUUAAGACUUUGGCGCAUGAAAUUCUUAGAAGUUUUUGAAGAAAAUAUUAGACCUGCAUUAAUACGUGAUUGGCCAGAAAUGACGAAUGAUGAAAUAGAAAUAUUCAAACGGAAAUGGGAAUUUUAUUUUGCUUAUUGUGAAGGUGGAUUUGUUAGCAGAAUUUUAGGAAAUGUGCAAGUAGUUGUUACCAGGGAGGGUAAUAAAGCUUUUCUGGAAGGAAUACCUUUAUAA